GUAGGAAGUUUCUGCUGGGGUCUGGAGUGGAACUACAUAAGUCAGACCGUCCCUGUAUGACUGGACACUAAAGCAGAACCAAGGAUACAAAGAGUCUUCAUGUCUAAUAUUUAGACAUGUUCAGCUUUGUGGAUUCCCGGUUACUGCUUUUGAUAGCAGCAACUGUUCUACUCACCAAAGGCCAAGGCGAAGAAGACAUUCCAUCUGGAGGAUGCACACACUUGGAAAUAAAGUACAAUGACGGAGAUGUUUGGAAACCUACUAAGUGCGAGGUCUGCGUGUGCGACAGAGGCGAAAUCCAUUGUGACAACAUAAUGUGUGAAGAUAUAUCAGACUGCCCCAAUCCUGUACUAGCACCUGGAGAAUGCUGUAAAACCUGCCCUGAAUCCGUUCUUUCUCCUGGUGACACAGAAGAAAGUGGGGUAGAGGGACCUCAAGGAAAACCAGGCCCAAAAGGAGAUAGGGGACCUCCAGGCCUACCUGGCAGAGAUGGCCAACCUGGACCACCAGGCCCUCCAGGCCCUCCAGGCCUUAGCGGAGUAAGUUGUAACUUCGGUGCUCAGAUGGGUUACGGUUAUGAUGAAAAAUCUGGUGGUCUUUCUCUUCCUGGCCCAAUGGGUCCAGCUGGUCCCCGUGGUCUUCCUGGCCCCCCUGGCGCUCCUGGCCCCCAAGGUUUCCAAGGUCCCCCUGGUGAACCCGGAGAGCCUGGUGCUUCUGGUCCAAUGGGUCCCCGUGGUCCAGGCGGCCCACCUGGCAAGAACGGAGAUGAUGGUGAAGCUGGAAAACCUGGCCGUCCUGGUGAGCGCGGUCCUCCUGGCCCACAGGGUGCUCGCGGUCUCCCCGGAACUGCUGGCCUGCCAGGCAUGAAGGGACACAGAGGUUUCAGUGGUCUUGAUGGUGCAAAGGGUGAUUCCGGUCCAGCUGGCCCCAAGGGUGAGCCUGGCAGCCCUGGUGAGAAUGGUGCUCCUGGACAAGUUGGCCCACGUGGUCUUCCCGGUGAGAGAGGCCGUCCCGGUCAAGCUGGCCCUGCUGGUGCUCGUGGUAACGAUGGUUCCCCAGGUGCUGCUGGUCCCCCAGGCCCCACUGGUCCAGCUGGUCCCCCUGGCUUCCCUGGUGCCGUUGGUCCUAAGGGUGAAACUGGUCCCCAAGGCGCUCGUGGUGGUGAAGGCCCACAAGGUGCUCGUGGUGAACCUGGCGCUGCUGGCCCUGCUGGCGCUGCUGGUCCUUCUGGCAACCCUGGCUCUGAUGGUCAACCUGGUAGCAAAGGUGCAACUGGUUCUCCUGGUAUUGCUGGCGCUCCCGGCUUCCCUGGUGCUCGUGGCCCAGCUGGACCUCAAGGUCCCAGCGGCGCUCCUGGUCCCAAGGGUAACAGCGGUGAACCUGGCGCUCCUGGAAACAAAGGAGAUGCUGGUGCUAAAGGCGAACCUGGCCCCGCUGGUAUCCAAGGCCCCUCUGGUCCCCCUGGUGAGGAAGGCAAGAGAGGAUCCCGUGGUGAGCCUGGACCUGCUGGUUUGCCCGGACCUGCUGGUGAACGUGGUUCUCCCGGAAGCCGUGGUUUCCCUGGCUCUGACGGCAUUGCUGGUCCCAAGGGUCCCCCUGGUGAGCGUGGUUCUCCUGGCCCUGCUGGUCCCAAAGGAUCUACUGGUGAAGCUGGACGCCCCGGUGAGCCUGGUCUCCCUGGAGCCAAGGGUCUGACCGGUAGCCCUGGUAGCCCUGGCCCUGAUGGCAAGACUGGACCUACUGGCCCUGCUGGUCAAGAUGGUCGCCCCGGACCUGCAGGUCCACCUGGUGCAAGAGGUCAAGCUGGUGUGAUGGGAUUCCCUGGACCUAAAGGUGCUGCUGGCGAGCCUGGCAAACCCGGUGAGAGAGGUGCUCCUGGACCCGUUGGUUCCGUUGGUCCUGCUGGCAAAGAUGGUGAAACUGGUGCUCAGGGACCCCCUGGCGCAAGUGGCCCUGCUGGAGAAAGAGGUGAACAAGGUCCAUCUGGAGCUCCUGGAUUCCAGGGUCUUCCCGGUCCCGCUGGUGCCCCUGGUGAAUCUGGAAAGCCUGGUGAACAGGGUCCCCCUGGUGAUGCUGGUGGUCCUGGCCCCGCUGGUGCAAGAGGCGAGAGAGGUUUCCCCGGCGAACGUGGUGUCCAAGGUCCUGCAGGUCCUUCUGGCCCCCGUGGUUCUAACGGUGCUCCUGGUAACGAUGGUGCUAAGGGUGAUGCUGGUGCUCCUGGCACUCCCGGAAAUCAAGGUCCUCCUGGCCUUCAGGGUAUGCCUGGUGAACGUGGUGCUGCUGGUCUGCCUGGUGCCAAGGGAGACAGAGGUGACCCAGGUCCCAAAGGUGUUGAUGGUGCUCCCGGCAAGGAUGGACUCAGAGGACUGACUGGACCCAUUGGCCCACCUGGACCAUCUGGUGCUCCUGGCGACAAAGGUGAAGCUGGUCCCUCCGGCCCUGCUGGCCCAACUGGAGCUCGUGGUGCUCCUGGAGAUCGUGGUGAACCUGGCCCUGCUGGCCCCGCUGGCUUUGCCGGCCCCCCUGGUGCUGAUGGGCAACCUGGUGCUAAAGGUGAAUCUGGUGAUGCUGGUGCUAAAGGUGAUGCUGGCCCUCCCGGCCCUGCUGGAGCCACCGGACCUCCCGGCCCUGCUGGUGCUAUUGGCGCUCCUGGACCCAAAGGUGCUCGUGGAAGUGCUGGACCCCCUGGUGCUACUGGAUUCCCUGGAGCUGCUGGAAGAGUUGGACCCCCUGGCCCAUCUGGUAACAUCGGCCUUCCCGGCCCACCAGGCCCCGGUGGAAAGGAAGGUUCCAAAGGACCCCGUGGUGAGACUGGACCUGCUGGCCGCCCCGGUGAAGCUGGACCUGCUGGCCCACCUGGACCAGCUGGUGAGAAGGGAUCUCCCGGUUCCGAUGGACCUGCUGGUGCCCCCGGUACUUCUGGCCCACAAGGUAUUGCUGGACAACGUGGUGUAGUUGGUCUUCCCGGACAAAGAGGCGAGAGAGGUUUCCCCGGUCUUCCCGGACCAUCUGGCGAGCCUGGCAAACAAGGACCAUCUGGCUCUUCUGGUGAACGCGGUCCUCCCGGCCCAAUGGGACCACCUGGCUUGGCCGGACCCCCUGGUGAAGCUGGACGUGAGGGUUCUCCUGGUGCAGAGGGUGCUCCUGGACGUGAUGGUUCUGCUGGGCCCAAGGGUGAUCGUGGUGAGAGUGGCCCAGCUGGUCCUCCUGGCGCUCCUGGUGCCCCCGGUGCCCCUGGCCCCGUUGGCCCUGCUGGCAAGAAUGGAGACCGUGGUGAGACUGGUCCCGCUGGCCCUGCUGGUCCCGCUGGCCCUGCUGGUGCCCGUGGUCCUGCUGGUGCACAAGGUGCUCGUGGUGACAAGGGUGAGACUGGUGAACAUGGUGAAAGAGGCAUGAAGGGUCACAGAGGAUUCUCUGGUCUUCAGGGUCCCCCUGGUCCCCCUGGUUCUCCCGGUGAACAAGGUCCCUCUGGUGCUUCCGGCCCUGCUGGUCCAAGAGGUCCUCCUGGCUCUUCUGGUGCUGCUGGCAAAGAUGGUCUGAAUGGUCUCCCUGGUCCCAUUGGCCCACCUGGUCCCCGUGGUCGUACUGGUGAUGCUGGCCCUGUUGGUUCCCCUGGACCUCCUGGCCCACCUGGUCCCCCAGGCCCACCUAGCGGUGGCUUUGACUUCAGCUUCCUGCCCCAGCCUCCUCAGGAGAAAGCUCAUGAUGGUGGCCGUUACUACAGAGCUGAUGAUGCCAAUGUUAUGCGUGACCGUGACCUGGAAGUUGAUACCACCCUCAAGAGCCUGUCCAUGCAGAUUGAGAACAUCCGUAGCCCUGAAGGAACCCGUAAGAACCCAGCACACACUUGCCGUGACCUGAAGAUGUGCCAUGGAGACUGGAAGAGCGGUGAGUACUGGAUUGACCCCAACCAAGGCAGCAACCUGGAUGCCAUCAAGGUGCACUGUAACAUGGAGACUGGAGAGACCUGUGUCUACCCAACUCAGCCCACCAUCCCCCAGAAGAACUGGUAUAUCAGCCAGAACCAAAAAGAGAAGAAACAUGUCUGGUUUGGCGAGACAAUGACCGAAGGCUUCCAGUUCGAAUAUGGUAGUGAGGGAUCCAACCCAGCUGAUGUUGCCAUCCAGCUGACUUUCCUGCGCCUGAUGUCCACUGAAGCCUCCCAGAACAUCACCUACCACUGCAAGAACAGCGUGGCUUACAUGGAUCAAGAGACUGGCAACCUGAAGAAGGCUUUGUUGUUAGAGGGCUCCAACGAGAUUGAGUUCAGACCAGACGGCAACAGCCGCUUCACCUAUGGAGUCAUCGAGGAUGGCUGCACGAGUCACACCGGCAGUUGGGGAAAGACAGUCAUCGAAUACAAGACAACAAAAUCAUCCCGGUUGCCUAUUAUUGAUGUGGCUCCCUUGGACGUUGGUGCCCCAGACCAGGAAUUUGGCCUAGAUAUUGGACCCGUCUGCUUCUUGUAAACCCAAAAGGAAACCUGACAGUUUAAAAAAUAAAAUAAAAAACAGCCAAAAAAGAAGGAAAUUUCACAUGGACUUGAAUUUGUGUCUUUUUCUAUCCAUCAUCUCUAAAACUAUUUUCGUUUCCGUUAAAAAAACAAAAAAAGCAUUAAACCAAAAAAAUAAAAAUAAAUGACUUUUCAAAAAUAAUUAAGGAAGUGCAUCCACUUGCUUGACUUUUUUUUUUAAUUAAAACCCCCGAAGACAGAAUGGUUUGAUUUUAUCUUCUUCUUUUUUAGAUCGUAAUAUCUUGGGAUCACUAUUUGCACAUUCCAAAAAGACAUAUAUUAAAAAAAAACACCAUGCAAAAUGAUGAAAACAGUCUAAACCAUGUAACACCUGAAGUACCACAACUACAAGUUUUGAAAAAAUCUGUUGUUUCCACAGCAACAAGAGCAAUGCUAAACUAGUGGUAGAACCGGCCCAUCACACCCCCAUAAAAUAAUAAUCCCCCCCUUAACCUGGAGUUGGAAAAAACAAACAAACCCAAAUUUACCUAGAGGCCAUCUUUCUCUGCCAGUACCUUUAUAUGGAGAGAUUUUCUUUCUGUGUUUUUUUAAAUAUAUAUAUAGAGAGAAAUACCACUGAAAAGAUUAUUCUUUCAGCCAUUUAAAUGUACAUUUUUUUCUGGUUUGUUCAGUCGGCAAUAGAAAGAAAUCUGACAAAGGCUAAAUCAGUACAGGUGUGUCAUGGAAUGCUUUUCAAAACAGGACCCUGUUUAGAUCAAAAGAAUGGGUGAAUAACGCCUGUCCCUCUGAAAGAGACCAGAGAUUUUUUUUAAAAAAACCAAAAUAGGUUAGGGGAGGGGAAGGUUUAAGAACUACUAAUAUGUUGUCGGUGAACAACUGAAGGAAAAAAAUGGGCAAUAAUACCAGAAAGCAGAGAAAAUGUAAUGUUAAAUGUAUAUUAUUGUUGUAUGGACGGCUACCUCACCAUUGUCAUUUUUCAAGUUCCUUGGGGUAGUUUUGGGUGGUCGUUGUUUUAAAGCCAGCACCAGGUUUCAGUAGGGUGGAGGGAGUGAAGCAGGUUUCCAAGUUUAGUUAAAGGUGCUAACUGUGUCUUUUUAUAUAUAUAUAUUUUCUUUUUAGUCUGCUAUGUUAAUAAUUUUCAGGUCCCAUGGAAUUCUUUUUGAGGUGGUGAAACCUAUAAAAGCCUCCCCCUGCCCCCAAGCGAAUGUGUUGCUCAGCGGGGCCAUUUUGGUGCUAUAGAAAUGAGACUAUUGAAGGGGGAAAGGAAAUUGGAGGCCUUGCUUGUGAAUUUUCAAAAAGGUGCUAACUUUUUAUUAUUUUAUUUUUGAACAAGCAAAAAAUCCAGGAUGAUGAGGGGAAAAAAUCAAACAUUACUACAUGGGAUUAAGGUCUGAGCAGUUUCUGUCUUUCUCUUGUAAAGCAGGUGGAUUCCCUUUUGCCUUGUCUUUUUCCAGUUCAUCCAGUUCUUCCCCACUGCCUUUUCCAUUUCUUUCCUUUUCCAUUUCUUGCUCCACCCCACAAGCAAACCCUUGUGCCAAGCCUCUCUUGUCCUCCCAUGGUCCUCACUCGCUGCUGAUACGUUCAUCCUUCUCUCCUCAUUCAUCUCUUCUUCUUCGCUCUCCCAGACUCCACCUUCCACCUUGACUCUUUUUUUUUUUCCCCUCCUGUCUUUCGGUGGGUUUUUCGAUUCAAGCAAACCCUUUCCUCUCUUUAACAAGAGGCAGAUGUUCUAGGGAGUGUGAGCGACCGAAGAUUCUGUACCUAUUUUGUAUAUGUAUAAUAAUUUGAGAUGUUUUUAAUUAUUUUGACUGCUGAAAUAAAGCAUGUGAAAUGAUCCAAAUA